AUUCUUAUAGACAUUCAUAAGUUUUAAAAAAUGAAACUUUUUCUUUCGACGUGUUUUUAGUGAUUACAUUUACUCGAUGUAAUUCUAUUCCAUCAGUAUUACGACCACCUUAUCUAACUGAUGAAGAUUUUGAACGAGGUAAAGCGUUAACAUUCGAAGAACGUCGUUUCAAAUGGACUGAUUUUCGUGAAUAUCUUCCAUCCAAUUCCAAAACUCGUGCCAAUGUAUGGAUUGCUCAAAAAUACAAAUGGCCAAAUGCAAGAGUUCCAUAUGUGAUCAGUUCGCUGUACAAUAAUGAUGAGAGAGCAAUAAUUGCAGAGUCUAUUCGAGAGUGGGAAUCAAAGACAUGUAUCAGAUUUGUUCCAGCAUCUAGUCAAGAUCGUGACUAUCUCGAAUUGACACCUAAUGAUGGAACAAACAACUAUUGUUAUUCAUAUGUUGGUCGACAAGGUGGACGACAAUUUGUAAAAAUGUAUGCACCAACAUGUAUGAGUGUUGGACAGUACGUACAUGAAUUAGGUCACGCUAUUGGCUUUGGACAUGAGCAUCAGAGACCUGAUAGAGACAAUUAUGUUGAAAUCAAAUGGGAGAAUAUUGAUCCGAGUUUCCACUAUGCAUUUGACAAAUACCAGGCUAAUUCCUUUACUACAUUGGGAAUGGUAUACGAUUACUAUUCCAUUAUGCACUAUCCUGAUUAUUCUUAUUCAAGCAAUGGAAAACCAACACUAGUUCCAAAAUAUGAAGGACAUCAGAUUACUUACAUGAAUGUUAGACUCACUCCAACUGAUAUAGAGAAAACGAAAAAGUAUUAUAAUUGUUAA